CACCUCUCAACAGAGCCCUUUCACCUGACCUGUCUAUGAAACAGCAACAGUCUGGGAGUCAUUUUUUACGCUGGUCCUUAGUUUCUCCAAAGUUAUAAUUACUCGUCCCAUUAUAUUUAGAAAUGGAAUGACAGCACAGUAUGAUAUUUAACAGUCUAAUUUUGGAUAAACAUUAUCGUCAAUAUGAGAUGAGAGACCACAGGAGCAGGUGCACAGUCUGGUUAAAGCGAUUGCUGGAGGUGUAAUUUCUCCUGGUCAGGGCUCAGUCAAUCCUGUAAUGGCUCCUCUAAGGCACAGUAAGCUCAUUAGCAGGCAAAGCCUUUGUAAUCUUGACACAUACUGACUUUUAACCAGCGACGCUUAAGAAAUUAUACACAUUUCCCCGCUUGACUUGAAAGCAUAGAAACCCAACUCGAUCUAAACAAGCUAGGCAGUCAGACAGUGUAACAGAGCUGUUUAUCUACAGGGAAUUAGAUGGGUUUGUGCAAGCUCUGACUGAGGGCAUGGAAACAAAGGGCUUUACACAUCAUGGCUUUCUGUCACCUGUGGUUUGAAAGAGCACAUUCAUACUGACAUGCCUGACAUCCAUUACUUCUCAAGGACAGGUUGUCUUCCAUUAAAAGGACACAAAUGAAUAUUUUCUGUCUGUAUGCAUGACACUGUAUUGAAAAUAGACAGCAUGAAUCAUUGGGAAUCUGUUGUUUAUUUCAUGCUGAUGAGAAAUGUCUUGAUGCCCCCUGAUUCUAAACACCAUCAUGAAAGUGCCCUUGUGUUCUCUUGUGUUAAAUAAAACCAACUUUCUGCAUGCUGGUGCCACCCUGCAUGCAGCAGUUAUCAACAUAAAUGUCAACCCUAUCUUGCAAUGUUUAAGGAACUUUAUACACCAAUACAUGUUUUUUUUGUUUUUUUGUUUUUUUGUUUUUACGUGAAAUAAAUUGAUACAGUAGUUGCUUUAGAUUCCAUUUCUCGUCUUUCCAUUUGCCUCACUGGUGAGAGCUUUCUGACUGUGUAAAGUGGCUUUAUCAAAAACAAACAAAAAAAAAAGAAUAGGAAGCUGCAGUGUACACAAUAAUACCAUUCAAAGCUAGACUGCUUUCAGAACCAUCAGUCAUCGUCACUUUUACUCUGCCUCGCAGCACUGACAACCUCCAUUAUGUUAUUUUUUUUGUUAUUUCGGUUGUGUUUGUUUAUUUUGUGGUACAGAUCUACCUAUCUAUUCAUUUCCCCUUACAAUACAGAUCUGGAAUAUCCAGAUUUUAAAACUUGAGACUGAAAGAAAAAAGAAAAAGAAAAAAAAAAAAAAAGUCGGACCAUAUCCAUUUAUAACCUAAAGGGUGAAGCAAUCAAACAUCCAUCAACAUCCAAAAAUGUUUCCGUGCACAUGCCGGAGAGAAUAAGGUCCUUCUAUUCCACUUACCUCUCUGUGGCAUCAACUAGAAAGAAAAAAAAUAAAUAAAUAAAAAAUGAGAGAAAGUAGCCACAAUAGGUGAUGAUCAAAUUCUCAGUGAGAGUUCUCUGGCAAAAUAAAAGACAAACGACAAAGAGAACCAAAGGGAAGAAGAGGGUGAGUGAAGGGGGGCCGGGUGAAGAGACAAAUGAAUGAGAGCUGUUUGAAAGGAUGAGAGAAAAAAAGAGAGGCUGCUGGAAAGAAAGUGAGAGUGAACAGAGAGGAGACCAGAGGAGCAGGUGGAGGACAGUGAACUCAUACAUCUGCAUCUGUCAUGACUUGGAGUUUUUGGGUGCAUUUUCUGUGCUUGGGAAGUUUUUCCUUUUGCCCGAGUAUAUCAGCAGCCUCUAUUAGUUAGAAAAUGUGCCACGUUUGCAGGAAGGUGAAGGCUGCAAUCUGCCACCUUGUCUACGUGAAAGGGAGGUGUAAUAUUCCUUCUUUUCAACAAAGCCGCCACUAGGGUAGGUGUAAACAUGUGACGUGACAUGAAGCACGAAGUUGGGCAUGAGCAGUGAUGUACAACAUAUGCAUCAGAAGAAUAUUUAGCCCCAUGAUACCAGUGUCAGUCAUAAUUUCUGUGCAGCUGCCUGCUCAAGGCCAGCGGGAUGCAGCAUAAGCAUGACUGGCCACUGCCUUGUCAUGGGUGCCCCCCCCCUGCCAUGGUAUUAAAUGUGGCGACACUUGAUAGAUUUACUUAUUUAUAGACCUGUGGCCCAUAUUCUCAUCUCCUCAGUCAAAAACAUGCCAAUCUUAAACCCCCGCACUUAUAGGAAGCGUGCAGCGGAGCGCCUCGCCCCCUCCGUUAGCACCAGACAGCUAACAGGAAACAGGUCAAUUUUUACUUCAGAAUAAGAGCUUUACAUUGCACCCCAUUGGAGUUUAGAACUGUGUUCUUAGUGGGGGGCUUUUAAUUUGAAAGUAGCGACCGUUAGUAGCUUGCCGCUACAACAGCAAGAGGACAACCAAACAGCUACAGAGAUGGACUGACUGUUGUGAUCAACUGUUUCCUGGUUUUAAAACUCCCCGGCUGUGCGUCGCACAAUGGUGGACGUCAUCGACACCUCCACCCAUCUCACACAACUGCUGGCACAUUGACAACUUGGAUUUACAUAGCAGUGGAGGUGGAAAUAAGUGUACCCUCCUAAGCGUCAUAUUGAUGGACCAAAACAGACCCCCAAUAUAUUGCAGUCUGUCUAAACUUGUUGACCUAGCGACCAAAAUGACAGCCCAGUAUAAAAACGGCUAGAAGUGCAGCGGAGGCUGGGCGUGUCCUUCUUGGAGGGCUGAAGCGUAUCUCCCCAUCAUGCCUCCUGCCUACACACCUCUGUCACCAGCCACACUGCCACUCCCCGAGCCGAAACCUACUCCAGGACCUCGUCCACCCUCUGGAACCACCUCACCACCACCACCCAGCCUGCCACCACCAUUCUCUGCAUUAUCUGGAGUUUCCUAACCUCUGGUAACCCCUCUCCUCGCAGAGCCUUCUUCGUUCUGCUUCAACAAGCUACCUCUGAACUGCACUUCAAUCAUCAAUUGUUAAAUAAAUCACCUUUAAACCGUCUCCACUCCGGCUGUCUGCUUCUGGGUCCAUCUACGAACAUUCAAAUGGUCACAGCAUCAUGUUUGAGAAAACCUGUCAGAGAUGGAUCCUGCAUUUCUGCAGCGUUGUGCCUGAACGCGUUCAGUGAACGAUCGUUCAUGAACUCAUAUAUUUUGGUUGAACAUGAACUAAACAUACUGUGUUCUGCCUGAUGAACAUUAUUGUGAGCGUGUUCAUUCUGGGGCUCUCUCACAGUUUAACUUUGUUCGAGAGAGUGCCAGCUUUCCGUCGAGGCUUCCAGGCGAAAGCUGGCUAAAACACACCAUGAACAGGCCUUAAUAUGUAGCUGGAAAACACAUUCAAUCAGGCAACACCAGCCACCACAGAGUUGCACUGCCACGUGUCAUCAACAUGCGAAGCAUGGAGGCAAAAACAAAUGAAGACAGCAGUGCUACCUCAGACUCUGCCUCCAUUCAUACGGCAUCUUCGUAUGAUUACUUAAAACAAUUUUUAUGAAAAGGUCAGUGAUGAUCCAGGAGGGAAAAAUCUGACCUUUUUGUUUAAACUUUGCCCGUCGGGUUUCAAGAAUCCGUACAUCAUAAACAUCAACAGCAGACCUGAAAUGGCACAGUGAGCUAAAGCACCCAGUGAGCCUUUCAAGACUUGGGAUCACUGCCAGAAAACAUCCAGGUCAACGACAGUGUGUCUGGCAAAGUGACUGUAUGGAGGCAACAACAAGAAGAAGUAACUCCUUUGAGUGCACAUCAAAAGUGUGCCAGGAGCAACAGCUGCAAUAGCUGCUUCAGCAUCAGAGGAAUGAGGAAGAACCAAGUCAAGGAUUUCUGAAUCACUCAAUAUCAGGAACAGACAUUCUAUGUCUUAAUAGGAAUGUCUGCAACAAUUCUUCAAGCAACACAAGCUCCUUAAGAAAGGACCAUACAUCGAGUGCAAAGGGCCAAAAUGUGUUCAAUGCUGAGAUACAUACAAGGAGGAGCUCAGUGCCAAGAGGAAGAUACAGAUGACCAGCAACCAUCUACAAGCAGUUCAAGCACACAUCAAACCUGUCCGGUCAGCAGUGAGUGAAAACAGAAAGAAGAUUUUGGACCUUUACCCUCAUCCAUGAUGUUAUAGCCUUGGUAACAUGUGAUUCCUGAAGCAGUCUUACUCGCUUUUACAUCCCUAAAGGUGUUGUGUCCAGGUGGGGUGGUAACCAUGGAGAGGCUGUGGCUGUGUGUGAUGCUGGCAGUUGCCAUGGCAGUGCGGGCACAGAUAUGCCCGAAGCGCUGCGUAUGUCAGAUCCUGUCGCCCAACCUGGCGACCCUCUGUGCCAAGAAAGGUCUGCUGUUUGUACCGCCGAACAUUGAUAGGCAUACAGUGGAGCUGCGGCUGGCUGACAACUUUGUCACAAGUAUAAAGAGGAAAGAUUUUGCAAACAUGACACGACUGGUGGAUCUCACAUUAUCCAGAAAUACCAUCUCCUUCAUCACACCUCAUGCCUUUGCCGAUCUGGAAAACCUCAGAGCUCUACACCUCAACAGUAACCGACUGACGAGGAUAGGCAAUGAUACAUUCAGCGGGAUGUCGAAGCUUCAUCACCUCAUCCUGAACAACAACCAGCUGGUGCUCAUCCACCAGGGAGCGUUCAAUGACCUGCUGGCACUGGAAGAGCUGGACCUCAGCUACAACAACCUGGACUCUAUUCCUUGGGAGGCCAUCCAGAGAAUGACCAGCCUACACACGUUGAGUUUAGACCACAACAUGUUGGACUUCAUUCCAGAGGGGACAUUUUCCCUGCUACAGAAGCUCAACAGGCUGGACGUCACCUCCAAUAAACUCCAAAAGCUGCCACCAGACCCACUCUUUCAGCGGGCACAGGUCCUGGCAACGUCAGGGAUCAUGACCGCCACGUCUUUUGCGCUGUCGUUCGGUGGGAACCCCCUCCACUGUAACUGUGAGUUACUGUGGCUGCGGAGGCUGAACAGAGAGGACGACCUGGAGACUUGCGCUUCACCUCAGCACCUGUCUGGCCGAUACUUCUGGUCUAUCCCCGAGGAGGAGUUCCUCUGCGAGCCCCCGCUCAUCACCAGGUUCUCCCAUGAGAUGAGGGUGCUUGAAGGGCAGAGAGUCGCGCUCAGGUGUAAGGCAAGAGGUGACCCGGAGCCAGCCAUCCACUGGAUCUCUCCUGAAGGCAAACUGGUAUCUAACUCCUCCAGAACGCUGGUCUACAACAACGGGACUCUGGACAUCCUCAUCAGUACUGUGAAAGACACCGGCUCCUUCACCUGCAUCUCCUCCAACCCUGCCGGUGAGGCCCACCAGACAGUGGACCUGGUUAUUAUAAAACUCCCCCACAUCUCCAACAACACCAAUAACAUCCAGGAGCCCGACCCCGGGUCGUCAGACAUUUCCACAUCCACCCGAGGCGGGGCCAACGGGAGCAACGUGACGGGCGACGUGAAGGGAGGGGUGGAUAAGAGGGUGGUGACGGCCGAGGCCACGUCGUCGACGGCGCUGAUCAAGUUCAACUUCCAGAGGAAUAUUCCAGGCAUCAGGAUGUUCCAGAUACAGUACAACGGGAGCCAAGACGACUCACUGGUUUACAGGAUGAUCCCGCCAUCCAGCAAGAACUUCUUGGUGAACAACCUGGCAGCAGGGACCGCGUACGACCUCUGCGUACUGGCCAUCUACGAUGACGUCAUCACCUCUCUGACAGCAACACGCGUGGUCGGCUGUGUGCAAUUCACCACCGAGUCGGAGUACAUGAGGUGUCAUUUCAUGCAGUCGCAGUUCCUCGGCGGAACGAUGAUCAUCAUCAUCGGAGGGAUAAUAGUGGCCUCUGUGCUCGUGUUCAUCAUCAUCCUGAUGAUACGGUACAAGGUGUGUAACCCUGGUGAGGGGGGUAAAGGCGUUUCAAUGUCGAUGACCAACGUUCACUCACAGACCAACGGGCAGCAGUCGCAGGGAUGCACUGUGACUCCCAGCGUCUCGAAACACGGUUCAAUCGGAUUAGAAGACCUCUCAGGAGGCUCGAAGAAAAGGAGCGGGGCAGGAGGAGGAGGAGGGGGAGGGAAGGAUACAAUGACACAGUCGUCCGACUCUUCCCUGCCUGACUGCUCCACAGCUACGUCGGUUCUCAGCCAGCCUUGGGGAGCAAGAAGCCCGACAGCGGGAGCCGAGGAAAAAGCGGGUGAAGAGAGAGCAGGCGUCUCGUCGCCCACCGCUGCCACAGGUUCCCUCGCCAAGCCAAAGCGGAAGCCCGCUCCGAGUAAGCCGGGCUCAGCUUGCUCGAACCCGUCGGCUGCUCCCGACAACAUCCCCACCUCCACCCCUCGCCCUCCCUCCUCCUCCUCGGCCGCCUCCUCCGCUCUCCUCCCCUCCACCCCUCUGGAGAACCUCAACACCAACCGCAACAACAAUUACGCCUCCCUCAACCAAACCCCGCCCCCCUUCGCCCCUUCUUCUUUCUCUAGCCCCCUCGCCACGCCGAGUCCCGUCCCCUCCAUCCGGUUCAGAGAGACGCCAAUCCUGCGCAGGGCUCCUCGCGCCUCCUCCUCCGCCUCCGCCACUGCCUCCGCCAAGUACCAGACUCUCCCUGUGGAGGAGGGAGGGAGGAGCAGGGCGAGGAGGAGAUACUCGCUCAGUGAAGGAGGCAGCUCAAAGACUUACUCGUCCCAUCAGGGAGGAGGAGGAGCACCAAAAAUAGGGCGCAUAAUGCGGAACAAAAGGAGCCAAUCAAUGAGCGGGAUGCUUCUCCCAAAAGAUGGGGAUGGAGAGUCGGACAGAGGGCGGUGUGAAUCGGACUGGAUCUUAGAAAGCACGGUUUGAACUUAAGCCAGACAGAAAGCAUCAAACAAACCUUGGUUUAUUCAUUAUUGUUCAUCUUUUGUAUGAGUGUGUGCCUGCGGUUAUGUGCGUGUGUGUGUGUGUUAGUUUGCAUUUGUUUAGAGGUGUGUGAGUGAAGGCUAACAAACAAUGGGGUGUGUGUGUGUGUGUGUGUGUGUGUGUGUGUGUGUGUUGUGUGUUUUCGGUGUGUAUGUGUGUGUUCAUGUUUGAACCUUUGUUUCUAGACGUGAGUUGAUGAUUGUGUGUUUCUGGGUGAAAGUGUUGAGCAUCCUUUUUUUUUUCUCGGCCUGUCGUUUUUGUUUUGUUUUUUUAUAAUUUGUCUUCACAGCUCUUUGUAUUCCGUUUACAGUGUUUUUCUUUUUUUUCACAUUGAUGGUUUCCUAUCUGUUUUGCAAGUUGGUCAUUCAGCAAGCGGUUAUCUCGCCUUGUCUCGUAGCGUCCUCCAGUUGUCUCGUUGGUUCCACUUUAUAGCACAAAAACAAAACAAGACAAUGGGCUCGCCACGUCAUUCCCCGAUUCACACUCACCUUGUCUGAGAAAAAAAAAAAAACACCAAAAGGGAAUUGUUACAGGAAAAAAGUAGGGGAAAAAAAAAAAAAAAACAAUCCAAGAACUGAAAAGCACACCAUUCUUAUGCUCACAUGCCCACAAGAAGUGUGUGUCCAUACCGCGGCAAGAGAAUAGCAGUCGGUGCCUUCUUUUGCACUCAGACAACAGACCCUCUGACAGCUGACAGAACCCGGAUCCAGGACUCCACCACGCUCAGCGAAACGAGGGAGGGGGACAAAACAAAGGAAGAGAGAGAUUUCACACAUAGCCUUUCUUACCUACUGAGGAGUACAGAUGUUUCUCGACAUGUAGACAGACACAAACUGAGACGAAAAAGCAACAGACGAAGACUUCAACGUACCUCUUAUGAAAUUGAUAUUUUUUAAAGGGAAGAAUUGAAAAAAAAGAAAAAGAAACAUAAAAAAAAAAAAAGAAAAAAAAAAAAACCCUGUGAGCUUUUCACUGACAUUGGUAUACUGUAGCCUGUGUUGGUCACAAGCUCCCGGAAAGCUUCUGUACAGAAAAAGACAACAUGUACUGUGUUGUUAUGUUGUGUAAAAUAAAAAAGGGAUAAAAUGAAAAACUGGA